CAGGGCUAUGACGCCAUACCUCUCUCCCGCUGCCCAGGUUGCAGUGUCGCCGGAGGGGCAGGGCCCCACCCUAUGACAUCACUCCCGGCCCCGCCCCCCACGCAUGGCGGCCGAGGAGGGGAAGCUCUUUGUGGGGGGCCUCAACUACGACACGGACGAGCAGGGGCUGGAGCAGCACUUCAGCUCCUUCGGGCCCAUCGCCGAGGUGGUGGUGGUGAAGGACCGGGAGACCCAACGCUCGCGCGGCUUCGGCUUCGUCACCUUCACCAACCCUGAGCACGCCAGCGACGCCAUGAGGGCCAUGAACGGCGAGGUGGGGGGGGCUGGGGGGGCUGCAGGACCCUCAGGAGCCCUGCAUGACUUUUGGGGUCACUGAGGAGGUUUGGGACACU